AUGGAUUAUCCUUACAACAUGUUGCAAGAUUUGUUCCACUGUUCUUCAAAGACAAUAGCGGUGGCAAAAGUCAAUUGUAUUUUGUUUAGCUGUGGUGGAACCCCUCCAGCAAAAUUUAAAUCUACAAGACAAUGUGUCAGUCCUGAUGUGUUGAUGGAACUGUCUGAAUUUUUCAACAGAGAGAGCAUAUCAAGGCCUUCUUCCUGCAGAAGUGUAAUAACAGAUGGCGAGGAAACACCUGUCAGGUAUUGGAAGGACAAUGUUAAAGAGAUUGUCAACCAGUAUCUGCUAGAAUUCCCCAACCGUGUGAAGCCCACUUUUAUUUACACCCACCUUCCCCCCCAAUUUCCGCUACAACACCAUGCUUGCAGGGUUUUGCUAUCUCUGUGAUGUGUUCGGACAUUCAGAUUUUGACAAGUUUAUGACUUUCCUUGGCAGUGUAGAAAGAGCAACAAUGGUGUCUGUUAAGGAUUUGAGGGGUAAAUUGUUGCAGUACCAGUGUUUCACGAAGACAUAGUUUGCCCACCAGGUGCAGAGGCAUUCUCCAUGCUUAAAGCUCUGCAGGAUGCUUGGUUUAGCCAAACUGCCAUGGAUGUGUGGUUCCACUGGAUGGAGGAGUUCCCUGGCUUUCGAGUAUAUUUGUUUUCUGGUGAGUAGUCAUCUUAGUAAUACUAUUUACAUUUAGAAAGGAAAUACAAUAUUGUAGUAUAGCAGUAAUUUGUGUCAGUUUGGAACAGUGAAUGGAAGAUACACUACAGUAAUCAAACUGUAAAACAUUAUUCUUUCUGUCUUAAUCAGCUAUUAUUUCUACCUGAGUUAUUACAAAAUUCACAAUGGGAUACAUGUACAUUGUAUCUACAUCUAAAGGAACUGUCACUCGAUCACCUACAACCGAGUGAACCUGCAAAAUCUGCUUUUGAGUAUCCAUUGCUUUUUUCUAGAGCUGCUUGGGGCAGCACUUGAAGGAUUAGAUUAACUCAUCAUGGAUUUUAGUAUUUUUUUGGUUUUGAUCGAUAUUGGGGGAAGAAAUGUGAUGCUGUUCUCCUUAUAAUGUGGCUCAUUAAAAAAUAAUGGUUAACCAUUAUCUGGUGGCUAAACAUGUAAAAGUUACCUAGAAGCAGUUCAAUAGUGAACUACCUAUAAUGUAAAUCUAUUUUCAGAUUACAACAUAAUAAUUUUCCAUAUAUGUUACACCAAACAUCAUCUCUCAGUGAGCAUACUUUUGUACUUUUUUUUGGAGUAAGCGUUACUUGGACAAAAGGGAUUGUGGACUCAAACACAAGUUAUAAAACUAAAAAUUUGAACAUUAUUAUUGUAAAGACUGAGUACCUGCAUUGUGCUGUAAUAUUGUGAAAAUCUUUGUGUCAUUUAGACAGUGGCCUACACUACCACAAUACAAAGUUCAUCCUGUAUUUAGCAGAAGUAAGACAAGCAUUCCAUUUGACCUUGGUGGAGUACAUCAAUUUUGAGGCUGGUAAAGGGACGUCAAGCUGGAUACCGAGUUUGCCCAUAUCAGUCAUAACAUUGUUAGAUGGGUGAGAGUGGGUAACAACUUGAAAACAAGAAGUCAAUUGGGAGACCUUAUAGGGGUAUGUAUAUUUGACUUGCAUAGCAAACCUCUAGUAGUUAGUAACCGUAUUGUACAUUUUUGUUACAAACCCUGUUUCUUUAUUUUUUUUUCUUGUUUACCUGAGUAAACUGCAAUGAUCACUUCAAAAUAAUUAUACUAAAUUAUAUCGGUAUCAUUAAUUCAUCACAAACCAGAAUAAAGUGAAAUUUUAUAGACUUAUUAUUAUUAUUAUUAUUAUUAUCUCGCAGUAUAAAACUUUGGAAUGCUGUCCACAUUAUGAGUAGUAUAGGGCGCAUAACGUAACCUACACCACUUGAGAAGCUAUACUUAGAGGUAAAAAAGUUCAGUACGAAACCUAAUACAAUCCUAAUAAACAUAAUGAUAUGAAUCUCUCUACGUAAAAAAAGCCAAUUUAGAAUAUUAUUAAAUUCUUACACUCUGUAAAACCUACACAAAGACAUGAUGAUGAUGAUGAUGAUGAUGAUUACUAUCUAGAGUAUGCUAAAAAUGAUUUAAGGGCUUAAUCCUCUGAUAAAAACACUCCUGUCUGAAACUAGAGUCACUUAUUGGGGGAUGGAUGGUUUUGAGUGCUUGGCUUUGUAAUUACUUCUAACAUAGUGCCUUCGCCGCUUCCUAAUGUGACAGUACCUUGUUUGUUUAAUUUUGCAGUCAAUGAACAAUGUCACUUGCAGGUUUUCUUUUCAUUGACAGAAGCAAGGCACCAGAGAAGCUAGGGAAACUAAACGACAUCUCUCUCUCUCUUUGGAAGCUUUGA